AUGAUUCCAAGUCCCAAGAAACAUCGUAAAAUAUCGCAAUCAGAUUCUACUCACACUGGUCUUUUGGAAGUGACUUCCAGGGAAAAUCCGCUCUUGAUUAAUGGGUACAGUGUGCUCGAUAAACAAUACAAGGAAAACACAGUCCACAGCCAAAUAUGUGAUACAAUAAGAGAGAGCCUAGAAGGAAUCUCGGAUCCGUCGAAAAUCAAUGUUAUGUUCCAAAUAGGAAGGCUGAUGAGCGUAGUCCAGUCGAAGAGUAUAUUCCUGCCAAUAGAGAACGAAGCAGUGCUGGACUACGACUUCAACAAGGUUAAAUUUGUACCCAACGUGUCAAAAAAGUGCAUAGAUCUACUCUACUUGAACGUGUUCGCAAGCAAGUCUAACUUUUCAAAGCUGGUCCCAAACUUUGAUUACUUGGAAAUAGAAGUGUUCCACUCUAAAUCACUGAACGGAGGGUCAUUUGAAGUAAAGAGUUCAGGAUCAGAAGAAGCGCUGCACAACAAAAAACUGGAUGGUAUUAACCACUCAACUAUAUAUAGGACGCCGUUUGACGUAAAUGAGCCGUUAGACUUUAGUAGCAUUGAGUCGUACAUAUACAACUAUUUAAACAGCGUAAUUGUAUACAGACCGCAAUCAGAAUACCAUUUCAAGGUGCAAACAAAUUCAAUAACAUCUUUAAAAACGAGCUCGACCUCAAACGUCAGUAAAAUACUCUUUAGACACAUUAGGACGUACAGGACGAGUAAAACGCCAAACUAUAAGCUUAUCAAGUUUAACUUGGAGGUAAUAGACCAGUGGGACAUACCAGUGAACGAGGAGCUGCUGAAGCUGAAAAUAGAAGAAAUGAUGAGCGUGUUCUUUGAAGCCUUCAUCUCCUCAAGCAGUUCAAGGAGAUAUUCGUUCCUUGAUAUUGAAAAUUCAGAGGAGUCAAAGGAUAAAAAUAAUGAAGAUAACAAGGAAAUUGAAGCUAACGGCAGUAAUUACGAGUCACAACUGUGUAAACAGUACAGAAGGCUGGUGAAUUCGAAGCCGAACAGGUUUGAAUUCAUCAUUACACUGUUGUCGUCAAACACACGAAUGCUGCUAGAUCUGUUUUCAAACCAUGCAGGGCCCUCACAAAAUACAGCGAGAAACAUGGGAGAAGAUGCACUGGACAUGAGUGACUUCUACCCGAACCUGUUUGGAGACACCUCAGAGUUCGCACAAAUACACUACGACACCAGGAAGGUGGUGAGGCAGCAAGAGUCUGCGAUCCAGGCGCUGAGAAAGUACAACAACCUGGUCAAGAGGCUGAUGAUCAUGGUGUACAUUAAGCAGAACGCAACAGUACUGGAUUUGGCGUGCGGCCACGGACAGGACAUAGACAAGUACGACGUGAAGAGAAUCAAGAAGCUGAUGGGAAUCGACAUCUCGCUGAGGGAGAUCAACGAGGCGAGAAGAAGGUACUCGCAGAGGAAAAGAGUGCUCUCGUACACAGCAGAGUUCCACCACGGGAACCUGAUGGACAGCAAAGUGUACUCAGUCUUCGUCAAAAACAAAAGGUUCGACGUGGUCUCAAUACAGCUGGCAAUCCACUACAUCCUGGAGACGGAGGCGGGAGCAGAGUUCAUCCUGAGGAAGGUGCACGAGAUACUGAACGAGGGAGGGCUCUUCAUAGGCUCCACAGUGUGCUGCGAACGGAUAUCACAGGAGCUGGCAAUGAACCCACCAGUGCAAGGGGAAGAAAAAGAAAAAAGUUGGACCUUCGGGAAUCCAAUCUUCAAGGUAACAAUGGAACAGAAGUCGAUAGAAGCAAUAAAAAACACUCAGGAAGGAGAAAACAUGGACAGAAGUCACAUAGGAGAGGUGCUUAACAGCACCUGGGGACUCAAGUACCACUUCUUCCUCAUGGAAUCCAUAGACGAAGGGGAGUACAUAGUGCCGUGGAAGGCGUUCGCGGAAAUGUGCACGAAAAUAGGGUUCAAACUAGUAGAAUCACUGACGUUCCCAGAAUACCUGGAAAAGUCGAGAAGAUUGUUCGCGAAAAGGGCGCUGGAGCUGCCGCACAACGUGUACGAAAACGUCGAGAAGCACCUGGGCUCAGCGUCGAACUUCCAGCUGUCGAAAGAGCAGGAAAGAGCGUUCUCGCUGUACAAAAUAUUCGUCUUCGAAAAAAUGAAGGCGAGAGAUAAGCUGUACAUCCAGGGUGUAAAAAUUAAGAAGUAG